UGCGCCGCCAUCAAGAAGCGCAAGGCGUGCGCGUCGCUCGCCUCCAAGAAGAAGUGCCACAAGUCCAAGUACCACAACUUCUGCAAGUGGAGCUACAAGAAGACGAAGUGCCGCAAGGUCAAGUGCAAGGAGAUCGACGCGAAGCGGGACUGCAAGCCGUCGCGCAGGACCAGCAAGAAGGGCUGCGAGUGGAAGGACAAGCAGUGCCGGAAGAAGCGCUCCGUCGCCGACGCCGGAGCCGUCACCGACGGCGACGCCUCCUUCGAGAUGGAGCUCACGGCCGAGCCCACGGCCAAGCCCACGGACCUGCCCACGGACCUGCCCACGGAUCUGCCCACGGCCAAGCCCACGGCCCUCGUCUUGCCCGUCCCCACAGACCUGCCCACGGACCUGCCCACGGACCUGCCCACGGACCUGCCCACGGACCUGCCCACGGCCAGGCCCACAGCCGACCCGUCGGCCGGGCCCACGGCCGUGCCGACGGCCGACCCGUCGGCCGCGCCGACGGGCGACCCGACGGCGGACCCGACGGCCGCGCCCACGGGCCUGCCCACGGGCCUGCCCACGGGCCUGCCCACGGGCCUGCCCACGGGCCUGCCCACGGGCGACCCGACGGCGGACCCGACGACCGCGCCUACGGGCCUGCCCACGGGCGACCCGACGGCGGACCCGACGGCCGCGCCCACGGGCCUGCCCACGGGCUUGCCCACGGGCCUGCCCACGGGCCUGCCCACUGCGGGCCCGACGGCCGAUCCCACGGGCCUGCCCACGGGCCUGCCCACGGGCGACCCGACGGCGGGCCCGACGACCGCGCCCACGGGCCUGCCCACGGGCCUGCCCACGGGCCUGCCCACGGACCUGCCCACGGACCUGCCCACGGCCGACCCCCCGACGCCCGCGCCGUCGGUCUCUCCGACGCCCGCGGUGUGGGUUCAGCGCGGCGACGACAUCGACGGCGAGGCCGCGGGUGACCUCUCGGGCAUCUCGGUGUCGCUGAGUGCGGACGGCAUGACGCUGGCCGUCGGGGCGUCCGGAAACGACGGCGCCGGCGACAGCGCGGGCCACGCGCGCGUGUUCGCGUGGGACCCCGUCGACGAGACGUGGAAGCAGCGCGGCGACGACAUCGACGGCGAGGCGGCGUACGACUGGUCGGGCUACUCGGUGUCGCUCAGCGCGGACGGCACGACGCUGGCCGUCGGGGCGCACUACAACGACGGCGGCGGCACCGACGCGGGCCACGCGCGCGUGUUUGCGUGGGACUCCGUCGAGGAGACGUGGAAGCAGCGCGGCGGCGACAUCGACGGCGAGGCCGCAGACGACUGGUCGGGCUGGUCGGUAUCGCUGAGUGCGGACGGCACGAUGCUGGCCGUCGGGGCGGACUACAACGACGGCGCCGGCUCCAACGCGGGUCACGCGCGCGUGUUCGCGUGGGACUCCGUCGACGAUACGUGGAUUCAGCGCGGCGACGACAUCGACGGCGAGGCCGCGGACGACUACUCGGGCUACUCGGUGUCGCUGAGCGCGGACGGCGCGGCGCUGGCCGUCGGGGCGUACGAGAACGACGGCGCCGGCUCCAACGCGGGCCACGCGCGCGUGUUCGCGUGGGACCCCGUCGACGAGACGUGGAAGCAGCGUGGCGACGACAUCGACGGUGAGGCCUGGGGCGACCUCUCGGGCAUCUCGGUGUCGCUGAGCGCGGACGGCGCGGCGCUGGCCGUCGGGGCGCCCUACAACGGCGGCGCCGGCUACUACGCGGGCCACGCGCGCGUGUUCGCGUGGGACCCCGUCGACGAGACGUGGAAGCAGCGCGGCGGCGACAUCGACGGCGAGGCCGCGUACGACGAGUCGGGCCAAUCGGUGUCGCUGAGCGCGGACGGCACGACGCUGGCCGUCGGGGCGCGCUACAACGACGGCGCCGGCUCCAACGCGGGCCACGCGCGCGUGUUCGCGUGGGACCCCGUCGACAAGACGUGGAUUCAGCGCGGCGGCGACAUCGACGGCGAGGCCGCGGACGACUACUCAGGCUACUCG